AUGCACAUGCUGGGAGACGGAUCAGCGACGACAUGCAGUAGGGAGGGCAAACCUGUCGUUGACGGCACAAGCAACAUAGUGCUAGGUACCAGGAACGACCUUCACUGUUCUGGGACAGUCUGGCCAGCCGCACAUGCACUUUUCUCCUACCUGCGAUCUCAUGACAUGUAUGGAAAGGCGGUGCUCGAGUUAGGAUCAGGCACGGGUUGGUUGGGUCUACAGCUGGGACGCGUUUUCCCUGAAUCACACCAAGUCUGCACAGACCAUCCAGACUACAUGCAUGCACUCAUUGAAAGCUUGUCUGAAAAUUCACUCCCCAACGUCGAAGCUCGCGAACUUGACUGGGCGGCGCCAUGGCCUGACGAAGAGUUCAAUAAGUUCACCAUGGUGAUAGGGUCGGAUCUUGUUUACAAUGUCUAUCUGACCAAGGAUGCCGGUGUGGAUUGGCCGUUGCACGAGGCGUGUGUAUCGCAUGGCAUCGGUCUGCACGUGUUGGAAGUGAACGGAUCGCAGAGAUCUGAGGACCGUAACGUGGACGAGAUUCCCCAAGGUCAGUUCCCGGUCAUCUUCCAGGUUCGAUCAGGAGAGAUGCCCAAGUACUCCACCGCCCUGCUCCGGUCGGCCAUCACGCAGGCAGAGAUGAGGAGCAUGCGGGAGUGGGAGAUGGCAGACGAAGACGAGCGAUCGGACAUUCUGAUGGCAGCAGCCAUAGCAGAGAUUGAAUGGUGA